AUGGCGAUUUUUACGGCGGAGGAAUGGUGGAGAGAAGAGGCGGCGACGGCGGGAGUGGUGGUACAGUUAUUGUUGAUGGUGCGGAGUGAGUGUACGGAAAGAGCGAAGAAGAAAGCACAUAAACUGUUGAAGCUUCUCAAAGACUCAUGGCCUGAUUACUCCUUCGCCAAUUACUCCGAUGAUUUCGCUUGCAGCGAAGUGGUCCCCUUUUGA